UAGACUUUUGUAACCAAACUUUUUUCCUUUUCCUUUCUCUUUUCAAUGUUUAAAAACGUAGUGCAAUUGCAAAGAACAGUCAGCAAUAAAGAUUCUAAUCUCUAAGUCAACAACAGUCAGUUGCAUGUCAAAUUUGUUGCAAGCAUUUGUAAUCAUUUAUAACGCUGUGACCUGUGUGUGUAAAGAUCGAUACAUUCUUUUAGAUGCAACACAUCAAAACAUCAAAUGCAUAAAAGCGUACAUAUAUAAAAAAAGAUAUCUUUAAGAUAAUGAAAUAAUCUCUCUCAUAUAAAAAUACCAAUCAACAAAACACGGUCUAUCCUGGAUAAUAUUAAGAGCAAGGUUUAUCCGACAAUUAAUGAAAAAUACAAUAUGGCUUCAGCAUCCAGUACAAGCGCACGUAGCUUGUUCAUUGAGUCGAAGAUGAGAUUGGCAGAUAGAGUGCAAGUUAAUGUCAACAAUAUUGCUUCGCUUGCCAGGCAGAUACAACGAGGUUCCAGAAGCAGCGAAAUUUUAAUGCAUGCAGCAAGGAAUUUUGCACAGCAGGAGCAUGGAUUGGAAACGAUAGAAUCCAAUUUAAAGAAGCUUGCACUCAUUGCUAAUCAUUUGGAAUAUCAAAUGGAUGCGAUUGAUAAAAGUUCAGCGAUGUUAGAAGAAGUCACUGAGCAAGUACGAUCUAUGCAACGAUAAUGUAGGAUUGAUAUACAUAUAUAUAUUUAUGUUGUACAUAAGAGUUUUAUACAAUCCCAGAUAGUGUUUGUCUUGUUGCUGGCAUGUUGUUUGCUAAGUAUGCAUUGCUAAGCAUGUGUUAUUACCAGAAUUGCAGCAACUGAGUCCUCAUUUGUUGGUAACUCGAUGCCUUCACGAUAUGAUAACUUUGAGUAGCAACUUGCUAGCAAUUUUCUUUGUUGACGACUUUAAAAUCGUCAUCAAAAUUCGUACUACUGUCAUCAUGUUACCAUAAUGAUAUACAGCAUCAUAUAAUGCUAUCAUAUUGCCGAUGAUACAUUGAUACAGCUAUUUUGUGCUAUUAAACUACUGGCAAUAUGCAUACACAUUGUUGCCUGCAUGUUGCUAUAAUAUCGGUAUAUUUGAAAUCGUUGAAGAUAAAUCUAUGGCAAGUUGUCAGCAUCAUAAGCAAUCAUAGAUAUGUGCGAUUUUGCUGAGACAUACUUUGCUAUCUGGGAUGAACAUC